AUGACCUCAAAUGAAACAGACAUUUACUCUGAGAAUGUGUUUCUCUGCUAUCCACUCCUGCCGGACUCCUGUCCAAGAGCGCAUCGUCUUGCUGUCCUUAAAGUGUCAAUGUAUGCUUUCAUGGUGCUGAUGAUCCUUACAACAGUUUUUGGGAAUCUGCUGAUCAUCAUCUCCAUCUCUCACUUCAAACAGCUGCAGUCUCCAACUCACAUGAUCGUUCAGUCUCUGGCAGCUUGUGAUUGUCUGCUGGGCUCUUUGGUCAUGCCGUACAGCAUGGUGCGAUCUGUUGAAGGCUGCUGGUAUCUGGGAGAUGUUGUGUGUAAAGUGCAUUCUAGUUUGGACAUGACUUUCAGUAUCUCUUCCAUACUGCAUCUUAGUUUAAUAGCUAUUGACAGGUACUGGGCUAUUUGUGAUCCUUUAAGGUACAAAAUGAGGGUCACAAACAACACUGUGGCUGUAUUUAUUGUCUUCACAUGGCUGUUUUCAUUUGUGUACAGCUUCUCUGUUGUGUUUUCAGGGGUAAACAACAUUGGUUUGGAAGAACUUAUAUUGCAGAUAUCUUGUUUUGGUGGCUGUGUUCUGUUUUUUAACAAAGAAUGGGGCUUAAUUUGUGCACUUUUUGUGUUCCUAAUUCCAGGAACUAUCAUGAGCUCUCUGUACUUGAGCAUUUUCAAUGUUGUGAAAAAACAUGCAAAGGUUCUGUCAGGGAAAGUGUCCGUUGCCCCCACUGUAGGCGGUAAUUGCCAAACCUCUUCACAGAGAGAGAGAAAAGCAGCUAAAACUCUGGCCAUUGUCAUGGGUGUUUUUUAUCUCUGCUGGCUGCCUUUUUUUACUGCCACUGCUAUUGACCCUUUCCUUAAUUUUGUGACUCCUGUUGAUGUUUUUGAUGCUUUAGUUUGGUUUGGAUACUUUAACUCCACCUGUAACCCCUUGAUCUAUGGUUUCUUCUACCCUCGCUUUCAGAAGGCCUUUAAGACUCUCAUAUCCACUUAUAUCUGUGGCAUCAAUGAGUCACACACCUUGACAUUUGAAUGA